AUCAGUCAAUGUUUUGAGGUUUCUUCUUGAGAGAAAACCCCAUUUUGUGUGCUGAAAAUGAGUUCUCUCAGUUUUCUUGCAUUUUCCUUAGUAAACAAACGUACUUCUGCGCUGACUAGAUUCUACUCAAAUGGAGCCGUUCCCGUUGCUGCAGCAAAGAAGAAAAAGAUGGGAAAACUCGGUCCUGUAGCGGAGAAAAAAGAAAUUCCCGUGGAAACGGAUGUCAAUCGCUUGAUCAACUUUGUCUGUGGCAGCAACAUCUACAAGACCGGUGAAGAUGUUCAACUGAAGCCGGACACCGAAUACCCAGAUUGGCUGUGGACGUUGCACACUGAAAAACAAUCUCUGGACGAGCUGGAUCCCAACACAAAGCAAUACUGGAGACGUCUCCGGAAAAUGGGACAUCGACGCAACAACCAAUUGGCCAAAUUGAGGAAAUUUUAAUUAUGUUUAGUCGGAAUAAAAAAUUAUAUAAUUUCAA